GUUCCUACUUCCUACUGAUGCAAUAAUCAAAAUACUGGUGGGAGAAAGCCGAGUACAAAUUGCCACACUCUCCGCAGCCUCUAAUCGCCGCCUCUCUCCGCCGAAUAGCGUACCAAGAACAAUUAAGAGAUGGCAGAGGAGCACAGAAUUGCUGUUCCCAGAGUAAAAUUGGGGAAUCAGGGACUCCAGGUAUCUAAGUUGGGUUUUGGCUGUAUGGGUCUCACUGGAGUCUACAAUGAUCCUCUACCUGAGGAAAUUGGCAUAUCGGUCAUCAAGCACGCAUUCCAUAAGGGGAUUACGUUCUUUGAUACAUCAGAUGUAUAUGGGGCUGAUCAUGCUAAUGAAAUUUUAGUUGGAAAGGCACUAAAGCAGUUGCCUCGAGAAAAGAUCCAAUUGGCCACAAAGUUUGGAAUAAUCAAAGACGAAUCUGGUAAUAUGGGGGUAAAAGGAACUCCUGAGUAUGUCCGUUCAUCUUGUCUAGCUAGCCUUCAGCGGCUAGAUACGGACUAUAUCGAUCUCUACUAUGCACAUCGAAUUGACAGAUCUAUACCCAUAGAGGACACUAUGGCGGAACUAAAGAAGUUGGUUGAAGAACAAAAAAUAAAAUACAUUGGGCUAUCUGAAGCUAGUCCAGACACAAUAAGAAGAGCACAUGUUGUUCACCCCAUCGCCGCUCUACAGAUGGAAUGGUCACUGUGGACUCGUGAAAUUGAGGAAGAUAUAGUCCCUCUGUGCAGGGAACUUGGAAUCGGAAUAGUCCCAUACAGUCCUCUAGGACGUGGAAUUUUUGGUGGGAAAGCAGUUGUUGAAAGUGUGCCAGAAAAUAGUUUUCUGGUAUCACUUCCACGGUUUCAAGGAGAGAACUUGGAAAAAAACAAGAUACUGUAUAAUCGUCUGGAAAAGCUGGCUGAGAAGCACGGGUGCUCCCCUGCACAACUUGCACUUGCGUGGGUUUUUCAUCAAGGGGACGAUGUAGCACCUAUCCCUGGGACAACUAAAGUUAAAAAUCUUGACAAUAAUAUUGGUUCCUUGAACGUGAAGCUGACAAAAGAAGAUUUGAAUGAAAUCUGUGAUGUUAUACCCAUCGAAGAGGUGGCAGGGCCAAGAGUACAUGAGAAACUUUAUCGCCACUCAUGGAAGUUUGCUGAUACCCCAGCAAAAGACAAGAAGACAGCAACUUAAAAUGAUCGAUCUUGCAGUUUAUGCUUCAUGACUUUCCCCUUUAUUUAUGCCUCUUUCCUACUAAAGCUUGAUGUGAUCCAAUGAAGCUUUGUCGAAGUUAUGCUUAGAGAAGCUUUUGUUUGGGCAGACCUGCUGCUAAAUGUUAUCUUUUCUCUGAUGAACUAAAAUGUUGUGUCUUUAACUUGACAAGAGAACUAACUACAUUCUAUGUUGUUGAUGUGGAACUUAUGUCUGUAUUGAAUUAGAAAACAAGCUGGGAAUAUGAAUGCUGCUUCUUAUAA